GUGUCUUCGGAGCGUGUGUUGUGGCCAGCUUAGAAAACGUUGCAUGCCCUUUGAUAUCACGAUUUCGAUUAAACAUAGUUAAGUGACAAAGAAAAAGAUUUGUGACUUAAUAAGGUGACGGAAAACAGGCGAAGUUCUUCUUCGAUGUGAUCAAAUGACAUCAAAGUACCUGUUGAAAGAGUUAACCUAGUCGACGAUUUUUCACAAAAGCUGACACCUGUCAUUAACAGAUUCCGCUACAGAAACGAGUUUCAGUAUCGGCAAAAUGAGGAUGUGGUCAAGAGAAGUCACUAGAGCUUGGCUGUUGGUCAGCUUGGUCGGAUGCGCGGUGGCGCAAAGUCUUGUUUUCAGAGACCGCGACAUCGCAGGCGACAGAAGCCGCAGACAAGUCCAUUUCCUACCGGAUUCUUCAGCUUCGUGCUCCAACUGCGUGCUCCUGACGGACUGUCCGGCCAUGCUGGAGCUGCUGCGGUCCCGUACGAGGGCCGGCAUCAUGGCGGUGCAGCGAGCCAUCUGUGGCUUCCAGGGGUCACGAUCUAUGGUGUGCUGUCCGUCUACGUCGCCUGCCGUGGCUCCGGGAGCGCCCGCCUCGCCCAUAGAACCACCCCGACGUCCUGAACAACUCCUGCCGACUUCCUGUGGACAUUCUGCAGAUUUAAACAGAAUAUUCGGAGGCCAAGAAGCCAAUUUAGGGGCUUAUCCUUGGGUCGCUGCUCUCGGGUAUCUCAGGCCUGGCAACGACCGCGUUCAGUUCCACUGCGCAGGAUCGCUCAUCAACAGCCGCUACAUCCUUACCGCCGCGCACUGCAUUGAUACCAACUCGCUCAGGGGACGAAGGCUAGUGGAAAUUCGGCUCGGCGACUGGAACUUGGCGUCAGAAAACGACUGCCAGGAGGGCGGGGGGUGCGCGCCCCCCUUCAGGAGGGUGUUCUUGGAGGACGCCAUCGUGCACCAAACUUAUUCACGUCGCUUCCAAUACUCCGACGACAUCGCACUCAUCAGACUCAACGAGACGCUCGAUCUGCUUGCACUCGGCCCAACCAUCCACCCGGUGUGCUUACCCCCAACCUUCGCCCCCGGCAUCACGGCGGUGGGUGAGAAGAUCCUGGCGGUGGGCUGGGGCAUGACCGAGGCAGGCCGACUCAGCGACACGCUGCGUCAGCUCGAGCUGCCCGUGGUCGAGCCUGAGCGAUGUAGGGACGUUUACGGCGUCGCCUUCGGUGACAAGCAGAUCUGCGCCGGAGGGAUCCAAGGGCAGGACACUUGUUCAGGAGACUCAGGAGGACCUGUGCUGAAGCGCGGACCACCGUUCCUGCAAGUAGGAGUCGUAUCCUUCGGCCUGGCCGUGUGUGGCACCAACAACACUCCUGCCGUGUACACGUCCGUACAUGAGUACCGACAGUGGAUCCUUGAUAACCUGCGGCCAUAGACACAAUAAUUGACUUGUGACGACCGCCUCAUUCGUGGGCAAGGAUAACUUAUGAAUAUUGGACAGCCUACGCGGCCAGAUAGAAGUUGGAAAACUUGCGUGCUUAGACAAAACAAUCAACUAUUGAAGACCUUUUGAUCCGUGGAUAAGGAGAACUUACGGACAAAAUGCGUACAUAAGAUGCUCCAUUAGAAUUGCCGCCGCAAAUAAAUAUAUUGUAAUGUAACUAUAUGUGAAUCCGGUUGUCAUAAUGAUAUUAGAUCGUAUUCGUCUGAUAAGAAUAGCAUGGGUGUUGUAUUUUAUUAGUUUCUCCAAAGCUGAAGCGUCUUCAUGAGACGUGCGGACAACGAUGCCUCAAUGUUGAGUUAUCUCGGGGAAACUUGAUUUUAUGGUUUUGUGCGAACUCAAGCUUGCAUAAAUGUAAUUUUUUACUGUU